AUGUCUUUUAGGACCUCAACCACCUCUUACAGGAGUUCUUCAGCCCCGAGGAACUUCAGCAGCAGCUCCUACGCAGGACCAGGCGGCAUCUCCUCCCGCAAGAGCUUCACCGUCAAGAGCUCCUACGGAGGUGCCGGCGGCCGGAGCUUCGGGGGAGCGGGGGGCUUCGGGGGAGCGGGAGGCUACGGGGGAGCCGGGAUCACCAGCAGCUCGGCCUACAGCGUGAGCUCCAGCAUGGGCGGCGCAGGAGGCAUGGGCUUCGGCAUGGGCAUGGGCUACGGAGGCGGCAUGGCCGGCCAGGCCCCCAUCACCGCCGUGACGGUGAACAAGAGCCUGCUGGCCCCCCUCAACCUGGAGAUCGACCCCAGCAUCCAGAUAGUCCGCACCCAGGAGAAGGAGCAGAUCAAGACCCUCAACAACCGCUUCGCCUCCUUCAUUGACAAGGUCCGCUUCUUGGAGCAGCAGAACAAAAUGCUGGAGACCAAAUGGAACCUGCUGCAGGGGCAGACCACCACCCGCUCCAACAUCGACGCCAUGUUCGAGGCCUACAUCGGCAACCUGCGCCGGCAGCUGGACAGCCUGGGCAACGACAAGAUGAAGCUGGAGGCUGACCUGCACAACAUGCAGGGCCUGGUGGAGGACUUCAAGAACAAGUAUGAAGACGAGAUCAACAAGCGUACAGAGUGCGAAAAUGACUUUGUCCUCAUCAAGAAGGACGUGGACGAGGCCUACAUGAACAAGGUGGAGCUGGAGGCCAAGCUGGAGAGUUUGACAGACGAGAUCAACUUCCUCCGAUCCAUCUACGAGGAGGAGCUGCGUGAGCUGCAGGGCCAGAUCAAGGACACCUCGGUCAUCGUGGAGAUGGACAACAGCCGCAACCUGGACAUGGACUCCAUCGUGGCCGAGGUCAGGGCUCAGUACGAGGACAUCGCCAACCGCACCCGCGCCGAGGCCGAGACCUGGUACAAGACCAAGUACGAGGAGAUGCAGACGUCCGCCAACAGAUACGGCGAGGACCUGAGAGCCACCAAGACCGAGAUUGGCGACCUCAACCGCAUGAUCCAGAGGCUGACGUCAGAGAUCGACGCCAUUAAGGGACAGCGCGCCAACCUGGAGGCCCAGAUCGCCGAGGCUGAGGAGCGCGGGGAGCUGGCGGUGAAGGACGCCAAGGGCCGCAUCAGGGACCUGGAGGAGGCCCUGCAGAGAGCCAAGCAGGACAUGGCCCGCCAGAUCCGGGAGUACCAGGACCUGAUGAACGUCAAGCUGGCCCUGGACAUCGAGAUCGCCACCUACAGGAAGCUGCUGGAGGGCGAGGAGGACAGGCUGGUGAACGGCAUCAAGUCCAUCAACAUCUCUCAGCAGAGCUCGAGUUACGGCGGGUUCCCCAUGGACAGUAUGAAGAGCAGCUACUCGUCCGGCAACUACUCCAGCGGCUUCAGCAGCGGCGGCGGCUAUGGCGGCGGCAGCAGCUAUGGCGGCGGCAGCAGCUACGGCGCCGGCAGCUAUGGCGGCGGGAGCUACGGCGGCGGCUUCAGCAGCGGCAGCGCCGGCGGCUACAGCAGCACCACCACCCAGAGCAAAAAGAACGUGGUCAUCAAGAUGAUCGAGACCAAGGACGGCCGAGUGGUGUCCGAGUCCUCCGAGGUCAUCGAGGACUGAGCCGCCCACUUGGGAGGCGCAGUCCUACCCGCCCGCUACGAUAUCCCCCCCGGGCCUCUCUGGUAGUUCCACACCCACAUUUCACCACAACCGUAGUUAAACGAGUCCGAAGUAAAGCGCUUGGCCUCCACUCUCCAGCAGAGCAUAAGCAUAGAAGCAAUAAAUGAUCCUAACACUACCAAAGAUCUGAAAGGGACCAAAGAAACUCACCCUGCUAUGUCUGACUGUACAAAAAAAAAAAAGUAGUUUUGUACCAGAAAACGUGUUUUUAAAGAAAAAAGAAGAAAAAAAAAUACGGGCAAAUUGCACAAAUGGUAAAAGAAGAUGCAUCACACUCCCAUGAAGUCUAUUCAACUGCUAGUCCAUAGAAGGGCCGUGGCCCUCAAGUGGACAGAGAAUGUGAAUGUACCGAAACAGAGCUUCAGUGUUGUUGGUCAGCUGAUGUCUAAAAACCGCCUGCUGCAGUAGGUCGCGCAUGUGUUUCCCCGUGUGUCCCGUAACUGAAACCGUUCCACCCCUUAGGAGGCCGCCCACGCCAGAUUUUGUCCUGAGGUGCUGUUUUUGCUACCAAACUGAAUAAA